UGUUACAUAGUUUGUUUUAUGUAUGUACUCCUACUACACAUAGAUUUUUACUUAUCACUUGUUGAAAUACACAAGGUUAAAUACCUACAGUUUAGUCUAGAACUUGUCAAAGAAAACAUUAUUAUCCUUCAGCAAAAUGCUAGACAAAGUAAAACAUAUUAUCCUGGUACUUUCUGGGAAGGGUGGAGUUGGUAAAUCAACAGUAAGCACUCAAUUGGCGCUGAUUUUAAAGGAUCAGGAUCUUAAAGUUGGAUUACUUGACAUAGAUCUUUGUGGACCAAGCGUUCCAUACUUAUUACAACUGGAAGAUCAGAAUAUUCACCAGAGUGAAGAAGGAUGGAUUCCAGUCUACACAGAUCAAAAACAAAACCUGGCUGUAAUGUCAAUUGGCUUUUUAUUAAACAACAGAAACUCUUCAGUAGUUUGGAGAGGUCCCAAAAAGACUGCAAUGGUGAAAGAGUUCCUCACCAAAGUCUGCUGGGGUGACUUGGACUAUUUAAUUAUUGACACACCACCAGGAACAUCAGAUGAACACAUUACUGUAAUGGAGCAGUUGAAAGAAGUUCAAUGUGAUGGGGCAGUCAUUGUUACCUCACCACAAGAAGUGGCCAUUGAGGAUGUAAGGAAAGAGAUUACAUUCUGCAACAAAACCAAUAUUCCCAUCAUAGGAAUUAUUGAGAAUAUGAGUAGUUUUGUAUGCCCCAACUGUCAGGAAUGUACUAAUAUCUUUAGCUCUGGUGGAGGCGCCGCAUUGGCUGCUUUAACAAAACUUCCUCUGUUGGGUGUUUUGCCUUUUGAUAUGAGAGUAAAUCAAGUUACUCAUCAAGCAUCAACUGUUUCCAUUCCAGAGACAACUGCAGCCAAAGUUUUUAAUGAAAUUGUCAAUAAAAUUACAGCGCAGGUUGAGGCAAAAGUUCAGAUUAUGUAAAAUACUUUCAUAGUUGUAGAUCAAGUUAUUUUUGUAUGGCAUGAUAUAAAUUUGGAAAUAAAUUGUUGCAAGGAA